GGCUUUACAGUGGAGUGAGUGGGAGAGCGAGAACGAGAGAUAAAGCUCUUAAAUUGAAUUGAGAGCGAGAGAGGGGUAGGGCGGAGAAUUGAGAGGAGCAAGCUCACUGCCAACUGUGGUAGCGCAAUAUGGAGUAAUCGCGGCCGUUCGACAACGACGGGAGUAGUUUACAAAGAAAAACCCGCUUUGGAUCGACAUUACAUUAGCAAGGAAUAAGAUAACAAUUUCAAUUAUGAGAUUACGGCAUUGCAUAUAGACAAUUGACUUGAAGAGACUAAAAUAGACGUUGCAAUUUCUAUGUAUUAUUGAAAAAUGGCGAACGAGUCUCCAGCUAAAAGUCUAGUGGACAUAGACCUUGCCUCUUUGCGGGACCCAGCUGGUAUUUUCGAACUGGUGGAAGUGGUCGGCAAUGGUACCUAUGGACAAGUAUACAAGGGACGACAUGUCAAGACAGGACAACUGGCGGCCAUCAAGGUCAUGGACGUCACAGAGGAUGAAGAGGAGGAGAUUAAACUGGAGAUUAAUAUGCUGAAGAAGUACUCCCACCACAGAAACAUAGCCACCUACUACGGAGCCUUCAUCAAGAAGAGCCCCCCAGGACACGACGACCAGCUAUGGCUGGUGAUGGAGUUCUGUGGCGCAGGCUCCAUCACAGACCUUGUGAAGAACACCAAGGGCAACACACUGAAGGAGGACUGGAUCGCCUACAUCUCUCGUGAGAUCCUCAGGGGGUUGGCUCACCUGCACGCCCACCAUGUGAUCCACCGUGACAUCAAGGGCCAGAACGUGCUGCUGACUGAGAACGCAGAGGUCAAACUAGUGGACUUCGGUGUAAGCGCCCAGCUGGACCGGACAGUGGGUAGGAGGAACACCUUCAUUGGUACGCCCUAUUGGAUGGCGCCCGAGGUCAUCGCCUGCGACGAGAACCCAGACGCCACCUAUGACUACAGAAGUGACUUGUGGUCCACUGGAAUCACAGCUAUAGAGAUGGCUGAGGGAGCUCCUCCGCUGUGUGAUAUGCAUCCAAUGAGAGCUCUCUUCCUCAUCCCCAGAAACCCUCCUCCUCGACUCAAGUCAAAGAAAUGGUCUAAGAAGUUUUGCAGCUUCAUCGAGGGCUCCCUGGUGAAGAACUACACUCAGCGCCCCCCCACCGACCAGCUGCUGAAACACCCCUUCAUCAGAGACCAGCCCAACGAAAGGCAGGUCCGCAUCCAGCUCAAAGACCACAUCGACCGCACCAAGAAGAAGAGGGGGGAGAAGGAUGAGACCGAGUAUGAGUACAGCGGGAGUGAGGAAGAGGAGGAGGAAGCUCAGGAGCAGGAGGGGGAGCCCAGCUCCAUAGUGAACCAACCAGGGGAGUCAACCCUGCGUAGGGAUUUCAUUCGUCUGCAGCAAGAGAACAAGGAGCGCUCAGAGGCCCUGCGCAGACAGCAGCUCUUGCAGGAGCAGCAGCUCCGGGAGCAGGAGGAGUACAAGCGCCAACUACUGGCAGAGAGGCAGAAACGCAUCGAGCAGCAGAAGGAGCAGAGGAGGAGGCUGGAGGAGCAACAACGUCGUGAGCGGGAGAUGAGGAGGCAGCAGGAGCGCGAGCAGCGUCGCCGGGAGCAGGAUGACAAGAGGCGCAUGGAAGAGGUUGAACGCCGGCGUAAAGAGGAGGAGGAGCGCAGGAGGGCUGAGGAGGAGAAAAGGAGGGCUGACCGGGAGCAGGAGUACAUCCGUCGCCAGCUGGAGGAGGAGCAGAGGCACCUGGAGAUCCUGCAGCAGCAGCUGCUCCAUGAACAGGCCAUGCUACUGGUGAGACCGAACUCUGCUGAUGAGAGGUACCGUAAGAACAUCCAAGGUUCUCCUCAGGCCGCCCAGGUUAAGGUUCAGCCCCCGGUUCCUCCCCGCGCCGCCGAGACCAUCGCCAAUGGAAACACCCCCAUUGCUGUCCAGCCUGCCAUGCAAAGGCCCAUGGAACCCCAGGUCCAGUGGUCCCACCUGGCCGCUCACCCCGUCGUCUCACGCUCCCAUUCCUUCAGUGAGCCCAUCGUCCCUAGCUUUGCACACCUCCACCUGUGCUCUCAGGAGCAACACCAUCACCCUGCACCAUCAUCACCCGCACGCACUGACCCGCAGUCCUACCCCCAGCCCAAGGCCCUGCCCCUUGACAAGGCCCCCACAGACGACACCCCUCCCAGGGGCCUAACUAUCAAACAUCACUUCCUCUUCUUUGGUGAGGUUCCUGUGAGGACAACGUCCAGGUCUCCAGUACUGUCACGCAGGGACUCUCCUCUACAUGGCAACUCCAAUGCCACGCCUAACAACCCGGCGGGCCAGAGGAACGCCUGCAGUGCUGCAGCAGAGCCGCGUCUGCUGUGGGAGCGGGUGGAGAAACUGGUUCCCAGGCCAACGAGUGGCAGUGGUAGUACUUGCAGCUCCUCCGGCUCCAGUAACUCCAGCUCCCAGCCCAGCUCUCACAGUGGCUCAGGGGAGAGGUUCAGAGCCCGCUCCUCAUCAAAGUCUGAGGGUUCUCCCCUCCAGCAUCCAGAGCAUGCUGGGAAAAAACCUGAGGAGAGGAAGGAGUCUGUCAGAACUAACCGACUGGCGGACCUGACCGCGCUGGCCAAAGAGCUGCGUGUGGUGGAGGACGUGCAACGCCCCCACAAGGUGACAGACUACUCCUCAUCUAGUGAGGAGUCGGGGACCACGGAUGAGGAUGAGGAUGAUGAAGAGGUAGACCAGGAGGGAGGAGAGGAGUCUACCUCAGGACCAGAGGAUUCUCACGCUGUCUCCUCCAGACUAAGCAACGGAGAGAUGGAAUCGGUGAAGACCUUGAUCGUUCACGUCGAGGGCGAGAGUGACUCUAAAACCACACCCUGUAAAGAUGACACUCUGAUCGUCAGACCGAGUACAGGUGACAACAAAAAGCGACCUGCCCCCAGCCCUGGUCAUGGCCCUGUCCCUGGGUUUAACACCAGCCCCGGGCUGAUUCGCCCUGCCCUCCAGGGCCUUCCAGGCCUCCAAGGCCACCCUGGUCUCCAAGGCCACCCUGGUCUCCAAGGCCACCCUGGUCUCCAAGGCCACCAGGAGAAAAAUGGCUUUGUGGGCCGCAUUCACCUCCUGCCUGACCUGAUCCAGCAGAGCCACCACUCCCCCUCCUCCUCUGCCUCCUCCUCUCCCUCCUCCUCCAGCAUGGCGAGCCCCACCAUGUCCAUGUCCCCCCAGAGCCCCCUGGACAAGCUCAGCAUACUCCUGGAGAGUCAUUCUGUCAGCAACACAAUGCAGAAACACAAGUCCUCCUCCUCCUUCACUCCUUUUAUCGAUCCACGCCUCCUCCAGGUCUCUACAUCCGGCGCAGCUCUCAACAACCUGGCUUUUGGGAACGACGCCAGGCUGGCGGAGGCACUGAGGGCGGACCCGUCACGUAAAGGCUCCGUGGUCAAUGUGAACCCUGUCAACACACGACCGCAGAGUGACACCCCAGAGAUCCGCAAGUACAAGAAGAGGUUCAACUCUGAGAUCCUGUGUGCUGCGCUCUGGGGAGUGAACCUGCUGGUGGGGACAGAGAGUGGUCUGAUGCUGCUGGAUCGUAGCGGUCAGGGGAAGGUGUAUCCCCUCAUCAGCCGACGCCGCUUCCAACAAAUGGAUGUCCUAGAGGGACUCAACGUCCUGGUUACUAUAUCAGGCAAGAAGAACAAGUUGCGUGUGUACUAUCUGUCCUGGUUGAGGAACAAGAUCCUGCACAACGACCCUGAGGUGGAGAAGAAGCAGGGCUGGGUCACUGUGGGUGACCUGGAGGGUGCUGUUCACUACAAAGUUGUGAAAUACGAGAGGAUCAAGUUUUUGGUUUUGGCCCUGAAGAACUCGGUGGAGGUCUAUGCAUGGGCACCGAAACCCUACCACAAGUUCAUGGCUUUCAAGUCGUUUGGUGACCUGGUGCACAAGCCCCUGCUGGUUGACCUGACGGUGGAGGAGGGUCAGAGGUUAAAGGUAAUCUAUGGCUCCAGUAACGGAUUUCAUGCUGUGGACGUGGACUCGGGGGCCGUCUACGACAUCUACCUGCCCACCCAUAUCCAGACCAGUAUCCAGUCCCAUGCCAUCAUCAUCCUGCCCAACACAGAUGGCAUUGAGCUGCUGGUGUGUUACGAGGACGAGGGUGUCUAUGUCAACACCUACGGACGCAUCACCAAGGACGUGGUGCUGCAGUGGGGCGAGAUGCCCACUUCUGUGGCCUAUAUCCGUUCUAACCAGAUAAUGGGCUGGGGGGAGAAAGCCAUAGAGAUCAGAUCUGUGGAAACUGGACAUCUCGACGGAGUCUUCAUGCACAAGAGAGCCCAGAGACUCAAGUUCCUGUGUGAGAGGAACGACAAGGUGUUCUUCGCCUCGGUGCGAUCCGGAGGAGCCAGCCAGGUGUACUUUAUGACCCUGGGGCGCACCUCUCUGCUCAGCUGGUAGAGAGACUACACCCCCUCUACACUGGAAACCAACCAACCACGUUUUACCCGACGUUCAACGAUGCCAUCGGUCAAAAGCCAACCACCUCCGACAUAAUCAUGACCUUCGACCCGGGGCAUCGUGCUAUAUUGAGGAUACACAACAUCUUGUUUUUUUUUCUCACCUUUAUUUAACCAGGUAGGCAAGUUGAGAACAAGUUCUCAUUUACAAUUGCGACCUGGCAGAUGACGUCGCCCCAGCCGUGAAUACCAGAUAUGAGAAUAUGUAUUUUUUUUAAAUGAAGUGAAUUGAUUAUAAAUCAAAUAAAAAAAUGUGAAGAAAGGGGGUGAACAGUUUGCCCCACUUUGGUGCUCAACAGGUUGUGGACACACGUCUGUGCGGGGCCUUUGCCCUGAAGGCAUGUGUGCGUGUGUGUGUGUGUGUGUGUGUGUGUGUGUGUGUGUGUGUGUGUGUGUGUGUGUGUGUCGUUCCUAGUUCCCGACUGUGGUAUGGGCUUGAAGUCUACUACUAACUACUCUGUGCAUCUUCUGCUCGUAUUUCAGGAGUCCCCCUCCCCUUCCUUUCCUUAGCGAAGGAGGGGCAGGGGGCGGAGCAUACAGUGUUAAUGCUACAGUAGUGUAUGUCAAUGUCUUUCUGUUUGGUCCAAUGAUUGCUGACUGUGGGGGGAGGGGGGGGGGGUGUUGAAGCUGUCAGUCAGGGAGGAGGUGGGAAUAAAGAAGCUGUGCAAGGGAGCCAAUUGGUUCUAGGCUCAAUGCUGUCAUGACACAGUGUGUGGGAUGGGCCUAUGCAUUUUACCGUAAGUCUGUUAUCUGAGAGGACUCAGCUGGAGUGUGUUGAUAGUUAGGACAGCUACCGUAUUUUAAUGUGCAGGUUCAUGUAAAAACAUUUGAACCAGAUGGACUUUGAAAUAGUGUUUUUUAUUUUAUUAUGAUUCCCUAAAAAAAAGUAAGUAUUUGGAGUUAAUAUUUAUUUGACCUUGGAUUUAAAAAUCACAAUGCACAUAGCCUCCAGUUUUCUUUGCUUUUAUUUCAACCCACAACACAUUCAAAUGCUUUGAGUCAGAGAGUGGGUGGGUAAAACAUUUAAAUAGUAUCUAUGUAUAAUAAAUAUUCAUUUAAUAUCAUUCAUAGUGUCAAUUGUCAUGUUAGUGGAAUCCUCAGUCCAACAUGACGCUGUGAUCCGGCUUGUACCAUCAGAGUCCAGGAUGGAGGACAUGGUCCUGAUGUGAAUAGACAGAUAUAAUAAAAGAGAGUGGAGGAGAAGGUUCAGGUCAUAUACAGUAUGUGUGUGGUAGUAAAGGGGCCAAUAAUAGAUGAGAGAAGAGUGGUGUCAAUGUAAGUUUUUGUAGCAGAAAGGUUACACAUGGUCAGCAAACCUCAAUGGACUCAUAGACUGUGGAUGGAAAUAAUGGUGGUGUUUUAUUGUUGUUUUUCAUGAGUAUCUUUUUAUGAAUGCAAUGCACUAAGUGUCAAGAAUGUAGAAAGAAAUAUACUGUGUGGUGGUCAAAGGCAUGAGAAUUUUAUUUUUGUUCCUUGUCACAAGUGAUCAAUUUCAAGUUGACACAAGUGAAUAUUAAACAAUGGAGGCUCUAAGGAAGAUGUCGGUUUUUGGGGCAAUUCUGAAUCGUUUCUGAGACUAGGUUGUGACUCCUUUCACAAACUCAAUGUUUUAAAGUGAAUCGGGGCUUAAGCGUUAACAGCUCUGAGUUGAGAAGUUGCUAGGCUACAGUAGUUUCCUCUGGGGCCAGUUUGCUCACAGUAGCUUAAUCAACCUGAUGCGCUAACAGGGCUUUAGACCUCAGUGUUUAACUCAAAAAAAAACAUUGCCAGGCUCAAUAAAGAAGUCUUGAGCUCUACUUCUUGUCCUUCUCGUGUGAUGUGUCAGCUUGUUAAUGGAAGGCAAAUCAAAACAACUGUUUCAAAUCAGAGGAGAGCAGAGCAUGGGUGACAUCUGUGAUUCUACAGCUUUCUGAAGGUGUUCACCACAGAAACCCACUUUGGGAAGAUUAUUUUUUGUUGUUGUUCACUGUUAAAGGUUAUAGUCUGUACAUCUGAAGACUAUUCAAUACACUGCAAUAUUCCCUGCCACGACUCUCUCACGACAGGGUGUCUGACCUGCCUAAACCAUGGAGACAAACAACAUGAAUAUUAUUUUCCUGAGUAAGAUUACCCUACUCUUCCCAAGGAACACAACUGUGGUUUAAUGGUGAUGAUGGAUCAAAGCUAUUUCACCCAAGGGGACAGAUUCUCUACCCUAACUGUGUGUCAGACUCCAUAGAGGGUCAAUCACUCUCUGAGUUGAGUCUUUCUCCUACUAACAGUCAUGCCAUUCAUUGUGUGUAGAGCUGUGGGAAAGGCACUGCAAAUUAUACAUCACAGAAUUGUUUCACAAGCCAACCUUUUUUAUAUAUGGAAAAAGAAACCUGUUUGAAAAGCGAACCCCAAUGCUGUAUGUGUGUGUGUUGAAUAGCCCCCCCCAGCACUGUCCCACUAUGUCUUUUUGGUUACAUCAAGGCCUUCAUGAGUGGCAUAAGUGAGUUUAUUAAGGUUAUGGUUAUUGAUAUUCUAUUAAUGGAAAGACGGACAACAAUUUCUUCGCAAUCUGAAAAGCAGUCACUUGCUGAUUUUUUUGUUUUAUAAAAGUGCCAAUAUGGCAACAUUAAAAGUGUAAAAAGAAUGACGAAACCACUAUGUUGAUAAAUAUACUUUUUUAAGAUCUCACUUGAAGCAUUAAGUUUUAGACUUAGUUAAGAAGCUUAACAAUAGUUUAUGUACUUUGCAGUGGUUGAAUAUUAUAACGCUCAUGUUAGGUUGAGAAAAUGGCAAUGUUUACAGAGGCAAUGUUUUGUUACACUAAUGUGUAUCAUGAUAUUAGUUUUUUUAGCUUGUUUUAUAUUGAACAUGAUUUAUCAAUAAUCCUAAAUUAUGCCAUUUUUUUUGUUUUGUUUUUCUCAAACAACUCAAAACACAAUAAAGAAUACACAUGCAACAUUUGAUUUUCCAGAUGAUCCCAUAAUGUCGUUCCCAGCAUUGUGGGGACAUUGUAGUGACAAAGUCCGUUCCUUGCCGUCUUGGAUGUCAGUCAGGCUUGGGUGUUUUUCUCCAGUGUUUCUUCCAUGCUACUCUAACUUAUGUGCUCUCUGUGUAUGACAGGAAGUCUUGUAUUUUCCUGAAGGUCUUUUCUCUUUGAAUAAACUCUAAAGUAAUUUAAA